CCCAAAACUAGAAAAAGUUUAAAUGUUCUGUAUUUUGACAUCUAGGUUGAUUUACUCACUAAGUUCUAGCAUUUCCCGAUAGAUAGCAACACUGGCCAGACUUCUGAGCCAACCUGGGUAUAGUUACACGUUUCACCACCAAUGCAGUGCUGCUCCAUCUUGGUGUUGUCAAAGUGCUGGAUUUUGUUGUCUUCCAACUUUUGUUUCCUCAAGCUUAUUUUUAAGCUGUUGAGAGCUGGGAAAAUGCCAAGAAACCGGAUAAAACCACUAGGGACUAGAAAUUACGGUAACUACAAACCAGAAAUAUUGGAUGAAUGUCUUGAGGCCAUACGAUCAGGUGAGUUAACACAAAGAGCUGCAGAAACAAGGUAUGGCAUUCCUCGUUCUACAAUUAAGAAUAAAUUGAAAGGCAGGCAUAUGAAUACAGUUGGUCGAGCAAGAACAUUUAGCGAUGAAGAAGAGCUGGCUUUUGAAAAGCACUUGAUAACACUAUCUGACUAUGGAUUUCCAGUUGUUGAGACUGAUUUCAGAUAUGCAGUAAAAUGCUAUUUAGAUAAGAAAGGUGUCAAGAUAGAUAGGUUUCAAAACAACCUCCCUGGCUACGAAUGGACCAAAUCGUUUUUGAAAAGGCAUGAGAAGCUGACAAGUCGUCUCAGCUCUAACAUAAAAAAAGUAAGAGCUGAAGUUGGUGCUAAAGAUAUUGAAAAUUACAUGGAAAACCUGAAAGAAGUUAUCGAAAACGUUCCUGCCACUCAUAUUUGGAACUACGAUGAAACAAAUCUUUCAGAUGACCCUGGAAACAAAAAGGUAAUUUGUAAGAGGGGAGCUAAAUAUGUGGAAAACAUAUGCAAUCAUAGUAAAAGUGCAACCUCUCUCAUGUUUUCUGGAAAUGCUGCAGGGACUCUUCUCCCCCCCUAUGUAGUGUACAAGGCAGAUAACAUGUGGACAACUUGGACUGAGAAUGGACCAGCAGGGGCUCGUUAUAAUCGUUCUAAAAGUGGCUGGUUUGACGCUAUAUGUUUCGAAGAUUGGUUUGAGUCGUUGUUCUUACCUCAUGUGAGAACUCAAAAUGGGCCAAAAGUUAUUAUCGGGGAUAACUUGUCUUCACACAUUAGUUUAAACGUACUUAGGCUUUGUGAAGAAAACAAUGUUAAAUUUGUCUGCUUACCACCGAACUCCACCCAUCUUACACAACCUCUAGAUGUGGCCUUCUUUUCCCCCAUGAAAAAGUCAUGGCGAGCAAUCUUAAGCAAAUGGAAAGAGUCCGCUUCUGGCUCUAAGUUCACAACCAUUCCAAAGGACGCAUUUCCGACUCUAUUAAAAGAGUUAAUGGCUAGUUUGGCAGAAAAUCAAGAAAGAAACCUGAUGGCUGGAUUUGAAAAGUGUGGAAUCCAUCCUUUUAACAAACAGAAACUACUAGACAGGCUGCCAGAAAACCAACCGGUUGACAACACAGUAAUAGGAGAAGCCUUUCUUGAGCAACUGGAGAAAAAGAGAGCUGAAUACUUGACGAAAGAUGGCCCCAAAAAGAGAAAGAAGAAGCUGCAAGUGCCCGCAGGAAAGAGUGUUUCGGUUAAGGAUGUAGAAGAAGCUACCGGUAUCUUAGAAGCAACCAAUAAACCCUCUUCGUCAAAGCAGACUUCGUCAAAAUCUGAGAAAGAAAAAGUUCCCAAGAAGAAGCAUAAACAGACUUACAAUUCUUCUUCGGAUGAAGACGAUGUGGAAAUGGUAUUAGAGUCAGAUGGAGUGAGUGAAUCAUUUUCAGACCUAGAAGACCUUCAGGAAGAAUCUAAGAAAGCCGAACCUACUGCUGAAACAAAAAAACAAAAAUGGAAAGCAGAAGAUUUUGCCGUUGAUAACUUUGUAAUUGUGAUCUACAAUGGUCAAAAGUACCCUGGCAAAAUAGUAAGCAUUUUUGAUCAUGGCCCAGUAGUUGAGUGCAUGGAGAAGAAAAUAAAAUUCUGGCGCUGGCCUGAGAAGCAAGACCGCAUGGCCUAUGACUGGGAUGACGUUUGGGAAAAAAUAAAUCCUCCUAAAAUAGCAUCAAAGAGGAACCAGUUCACAGUCCCAGAACUAGACAAUUUCGUGGAAUAACUUGAAAUAUUUUUACUUCCUUUUGUAACAAUAAAGUGUGAUUUUUACUUCGUUUUGUAACAAUAAAGUGUGGUUUUCUUAGCAGUUUGUUUUCCUUUUCCACUUUUUUGUCCAAAUCAUAAAGUUUAAAAGUAAAAAUCUAAUAAACUUGAAAACUGAAUACUUGAAAAGAAUCUUGUAUAGGGUAACUUUGCUCCACUUAUGAUAUGGUACUAAAUUUCAAAGGUUUUAAUGGAUGGGACAAAGUUACCCCAAUCCCAGGUAACUUUGUCCCAAUUUUUAAAAAUUUUUUAUCUAGGUUAGGAAAAUUAUUAGGGACUUAUACUAAUGCUUAAAUUUGUGGCACAUAAUCGAAUAAUAACUGGAAAAACUUAAAACACAAUCUUCAUCACAAAUAGAUUGGUAAAAACUGGUUUGUUUCACAAAAAACUGGGAAAGUUGGGCCAAAGUUACCCCAGU